CUUUGGGCUGCAGAGGAAAGCUUUCAUCUUUUCUCUGAAUGACCUUCUCAGGCGCCUGAGGCCCCUUGAAGGAAGCCUUGCUGCUGAAGAGAGGGGUCCUUGGCCUCCACAACUGGUCACAUGAGGGUGACACUGGGCCUCCUGCUCUUGGUCCUCCUGGUGGAGCUGCUGGUGCCCAGCUGGGCCCUCAGUCCCCUUUCACCAGAGUAUCAGGCAGGGCUGGAGACUCUGGAGCCCAAGGAUCCUCGGAAUCAGACUUGGGGGGACAUGCAGGCUCCCUCUGAUGAAGAGGAAGAGGAAAAGGAGGAGGAGGAGGCUUGGCUUAGGACCUGCAUGCAGCAGCUCUCCAACGAGACUUCAGACUUUGGGUUCAGCCUGCUGCGAAAGAUCUCCAUGAGGCAUGAAGGCAACGUGGUCUUCUCGCCCCUCGGCUUGGCCUUGACCAUGGCGGGCUUGAUGCUGGGGGCCAAAGGGCAGACGAGAGCCCAGGUGGAACACAGACUCCGGCUGCAGGCCCUAAGCAGGACGCAGCCCCUGCUCCUGCCCGCCCUCUUCAAGCGGCUCAGAGAGACUCUCGCCAGCAACCUCGAGCUGGGCCUUGCCCAGGGGAGCUUUGCCUUCAUCCACAAGGAUUUCAAAGUCAACGAGACCUUCCUCAAUUUAUCCAAGAGGUAUUUCGAUACAGAGUGCGUGCCUACAAAUUUUCACAAUGCCUCGCAGGCCAGAGGGCUCAUGAAUUAUUACAUUAACAAAGAGACUCAGGGGAAAAUACCCAAGCUCUUUGAUGGGAUUAAUCCCGAAACCAAAUUAAUUCUUGUGGAUUACAUCUUGUUCAAAGGGAAGUGGCUGACCCCCUUCGACCCUGCCCUCACCGAAGCUGGCACUUUCCACUUGGACAAGUACAGGGCAGUGAAGGUGCCCAUGAUGUACAGGGAGGGAGAGUUUGCCUACACCUUUGAUAGCAAUUUUCGUUGUCACGUUCUUCAACUACCCUACCGAGGAAAUGCCACCAUGCUGGUGGUGCUCAUGGAGAAAACGGGAGACCACCUCGACCUGGAAGACUACCUGACCACAGACCUGGUGGAAACAUGGCUCAGGAACAUGAAACCCAGGAAAGUGGAGGUUUUCUUUCCCAAGUUCAAGCUGGACCAGAAGUAUGAGAUGCACGAAGUGCUCAAGCAGAUGGGAGUCAGGAGAAUCUUCUCGCCCUUGGCCGACCUCAGUGGACUAUCAGCGACUUCAAAAAAUCUGCAGGUGUCCAAGGUUUUGCAACAAUCAGUGAUCGAAGUUGAUGAGAAAGGAACAGAGGCAGUGACAGGAACCCUGUCAGAAAUUAUUGCUUACUUCAUGCCUCCCACUGUCAAAGUGGACCGGCCAUUUCAUUUCAUGAUCUACGAGGAAACCUCCAAGAUGCUCCUGUUUCUGGGCAGGGUGGUGGACCCGACCCGCCUGUGACUCAUGACAAGCACGAGUACUCAGCGACAGCAGGUGCUGAAGUGGAGGCAUCUGAACCCACCCAGGACAUCUACUGGGUGGUCGAGGAAAGGCACCUCCUUCUGUCCUCAGCUGCCGUGGGCUGUUCUCAAAUUAAGACACAUAUUAAACUGACACACGUGUAAAGGAGAUGGUUGUGCACUCUGUCUGGCAUUUAAGCCUGGUCCUAAGAGCCGUGGAGAAUUGCUGGAAGACUAGCUGGGUGGAGCAUCUCUCCUCUCGCUGUAGCCCACAUACCUGGGCCUGACAGACACUAGGUUGGAACCCAAUUCCACAGUGAAGCCUUUGAGGGGAGGACAUGUGGCCUCUUGAGUCACACCUCUCUGAUGUAAAGUAAGCAUUUCACUUGAUCUGUUACAGAAUAUCUCUUGCUGACUAAAAUUAGGAGAAAACUA